UGCUAUGUGACAGCCACAGUGACACCGGUCGUGGUGAUCCAUCUCGAGCUGCAAACGUUCCUCCGGUAUACUAAGUCAUACAGAGAAACUUUAAAACUAAGCGCCCACAGAGGGGUCCUGUCUGUCGGCUAGAAGAGCCCUCACCGCCCCUCGGACUGUCCGCGGCUCUCGUCCUUUCAUCGUCCAGGUAUUGUCCAGCCUCAUCCAGCCCCACUGUGGAUCUUUAGCCCCUUCGGCAGGACAGUGGCAGAGGCAGAGCCAGAGCCAUCAGGGACCAGACCAGCAGGCAGCAGGGCUUCAUGACCACGACGGGGCAGCAGCAGGGGGGAGGCUUGCGUUCUCGCCGAAGCCUUGGUCGGGACAAGGACCCUGGGCAGGGCAUGGGCAUGGAGGCAGCCUGCUGGCUGGCCCCUGGAGUGCUGCGCAGGCUGAUCGAGCUGCCCUCACCCCCCCUGUCCCGACACCAGCUCAAGAGACUGGAGGAGCACAGGUACAGCAGUGCUGGACGCUCCCUGCUGGAGCCUCUGAUGCAACGUUACUGGGAAUGGUUGGUAGGACGAGUCCCUUCCUGGAUUGCCCCUAACCUCAUCACCAUCAUCGGCCUGGCCACCAAUGUCUUUACCACCCUCGUGCUCGUCUACUACUGCCCAACUGCCACUGAACAGGCUCCUCUCUGGGCGUACCUGCUAUGUGCUGUGGGUCUGUUUGUCUACCAGUCAUUGGACGCCAUCGACGGGAAGCAGGCCAGACGCACCAAUAGCAGCUCUCCGCUGGGCGAGCUGUUUGACCACGGCUGUGACUCCCUCUCCACCGUGUUUGUGGUGUUGGGAACCAGUAUAGCGGUGCAGAUGGGUACCAACCCGGACUGGAUGUUCUUCUGCUGCUUCGCUGGGAUGUUCAUGUUCUACUGUGCCCACUGGCAAACAUACGUGUCAGGAACGCUGCGCUUCGGCAUCAUUGAUGUGACUGAGGUGCAAAUCUUCAUAAUAAUCAUGUAUUUGCUGGCCGCCGUGGGAGGAUCUGCUUUUUGGCAGUCACUGAUUCCGAUCCUAAAUAUCCAGAUGAAAAUGGUUCCUGCCAUCUGCACUUUUUUAGGAGCCAUCUUCUCCUGCACCAAUUACUUCAGAGUUAUUUUUACGGGAGGUGUGGGCAAAAACGGAUCCACAAUAGCAGGAACCAGCGUCCUCUCUCCGGUCUUACAUAUUGGUUCAGUUAUAAUUUUGGCGAUGAUGAUAUACAAGAAGUCUGCUGUCCAGCUCUUUGAGAAACAUCCGUGUCUUUAUAUCCUGGCGUUUGGCUUCGUCUCGGCCAAAAUCACCAAUAAAUUAGUUGUAGCACAUAUGACAAAAAGUGAGAUGCAUCUCCACGAUUUAGCCUUCCUGGGACCAGGACUACUGUUCCUGGAUCAGUAUUUCAAUAGUUUUAUUGACGAGUACCUGGUGCUGUGGCUUGCACUGAUCAUUUCCUUUUUUGACUUGGUGCGUUACUGUGUCAGUGUUUGCAACCAGAUUGCCUGCCAUCUUCACAUUUUUGUUUUCAAAAUCAAGCCUUGUUCAGUGCUCAGUUCAGCUCCUCACUGAGGACACGCCGGCCAUGACUGACUCUGUCCCUUCCUGUUAGUCGCACUCAUCUUUUCUUCCCUCUGUUUUCCACGUAGAGAUGCAGGGGAUGACGUGGUGUAAAGUAUGUGCUUCUGCCAACUGAAUGUGAGGACAAAUAAUAUAUAUUAAGAUACUGGAGUAUUACUGUCACUGUUUCUUUUUCACCAGUAUGGAAUUGAAUUUGUACCAGUUUCAUCUUCUGCCCCAGUAAUAAGAAUUCUCCUUCUGACAAACUCAUGGUUACACAGAGCAAAUAUUUCAGGAGAGUACAGGUGCUACUCAGUAUGUUCAAGGAGAGAAACUUAAACUGAAGUGUGUUUUAACUGUUCUUGUGCAGAGAAAAUGUAUAGGAAAUCAAACUCUUUGCUUUUCAUUAUUAUAAUUUUUUGUAAUAUUUGCAUAACUUUACCUUUUGCUAUUGUAAAUACCAAACUGUUACAGUGUCUGUGCUUCUCUUUUAAGUUAAAAAUCCUGCUUUGACACAUUUAUAAACCUUUUCUUCAUGUGUCUUCAUAUCUCCUGCACAGCGCAGGAAACUGUGCAACUGUUACACAUCAGCAAAAUGCGGUUUUGGAGGAAACUUAAUGUCAACUUAAUUACGUUUUUCUUUUACAUAUCAAAACGUUCUUCUGCAAAAUGUUCACUGCCAAUGUUUUUCGUUUAGUUUGUUGACUGAAACCACUUGGUUAAAACUACACGUGGGACUUUUUGGGCACUGUUCAGGUCUGGGCUGGGAUUUUAUGUGUAUUUAUUGUCAUCUAUAAUGUUAUGUGCUAAUACAUUAUUAAGAAGUUUAUAGUUUUGUUAAUGCUUCAUGGAGUUAGGCUUCUCCACACUUUGAUCUUUUUAUUGUAAAUAUGUAAGGAAUCUGCAUUUGAUAGAGGGAAUGACACCACAACAAAAUCUGUUGUCUAAAGUCAAAGGUCUGCUUACUUGCAUUAAGAGCUAUGCGGAUGAAAGGUACGGAAGCUAGUAGGUAGUCCUUUUAGGUCAAGAAUAACUUCGAUGCUCAGAACAUUUCUGGUUUCGGCUGCUUUGAAUCAGUGCUCAGAUGAGCCGUCACUCUGCUUUCUGUUACUUCUCAUCUCUACCUGAUAUUAUUGUUCUGUACAUUUCUUAUUGUCAACAAAUUCCAUGAAAGGACCAAAACUCAGCAGUGUGUUCAUUUGUCUCUGAAUACCCUCUGACCUCCUGCUCUGUGGCGCUUAGCCUCAAACUCAUCGGUUCCUGCUGUGGAUGUAAAUCUUGAAAAAUGCCUCACACACAUAGUUUCAUUUCUAAAAUAAUAAUAAAAAAAAGGGUCAUGCUUGUUAGUGGGUCAGUUCAUUGUUGGUUUGGGUCUUUUCAUUGGAUUUGUUGUCAAUAACAGACUUAUUUAAAAUGAACAUCUACCUGCCACCAUUAACGGUUAUUGAUGUGAACGUCACACUCCUUCCUGUGUUGCCGGUGGAUUCUGCCACUUAACUGAACCACUGUUUAAAUAAUGUGUUCAUAUUAACAGAACCUGGUUGACAUUGCGUUUCCCCCAAAACGCCUGCUGAAGCAGAGCAGGUGCACCUGGACUGAAUGUGCAGGGGAUGAGGUCACACGAUGACAUCACAGUUUUUAAGGUGGUGACUGACCAGAAUCAGAUCAAACUUUUGUUCCUGACAGUUAAUAAAAACGUGUUUAUUUGAAGUGGCUGCUGCUCACUCCGCCUCCACAUCUACCAACAUCAUCUUACACUGUUACAGCACCUGACACUGAGUGGGUGUUGAAUGCUGCUGCUUCUGAAGAGAACCUGUAGUGAGUUUCUUGCUUUUCCAGUUGUGCCUGUUUUGUUUAUGUUUCUUGAUCGGUUCCAUCUGCAGAUACUGUACUGAUUCACCACAGUUUGUUUCACAUGUGUAAGAAGGCCUCAAAUGCAAAGUAUUGACUGUGGUGAGAGUCAGUAACGUACAAUAGCUUCAGAACAGCAUCAUUGUCUUUUGAGUUCAGGUUCAAGGUGGUUUGGUCGUAAACCACAGCCAUUAGACUGUUGGUGUGAUUCAUCAAAAUAAAGUGUUAAAGGGUCAAUUCACACAAAUCACAAAUUUAUUUGUCCUCGAAUGCCUUUUGUUAUCUUAACAGAAUAUUAGAGAAAUAUUAAGAACAUUAUGGGAUUCAUAGAAUAAAGAUGUGUAUCAUUAAAAUAAAGCUGAAGGUAUGAGUAAAAAAGUCAAUGUAUAUAAAGUUGAAUUGAUGAGAAAAAGUCAUUUGAAUUAAGUGAUUACAAGAAGAUGGUUUCAGUAUUUUAAUAAGAUCUGAAAAGGCUUUUUAAAAGACUUUUUUUUUUUAAAAAAAAAAAAGCAAAAUUCUAGAGCGGCCUUGUAAUACUUUGAAAAAAAAAUUCCUCAUGAGACCAUAAUUUUAACAGCCAAAUAUGAAAGUAAAGUACUGUUGAUGUUGUUACUGCACGCUACCAGUGGGGAAAAAAAAUAAAUCUCAAGUUUCAAGAUAUUUGGAGAACAGUUGUAAUAAAGUAAUUACAGUUUAAGAAAAAAAGUCAUUGUAUAAAGUAAAAAAAAGUGAAAAAUUCAAAAUGAGAAGAAUCCUCACUUUGAGAAUAAUUAUAAUAAUUUAAAAAAAUCUUUAGAACAAAGACAGCAGUGUCUUCCAAAAAAGACACUGCUGUUGAGUUUUUCAGAUGUCAUUUUCUAAUAAUUCGAGCCCCAUAAGCUAUCUGGACACAUAAAAUGAAAACCAUGUGCAUGACUGGAUACUAACUGGUUUAGCGGGGAAGUUAUUUUUGUGAUUUGUGUGAAGUGACCCUUGAAGGAUGCUGAUGCAACUAUAGCUACAUUUCUCUUAGAGUGGGUGUAAACGAUAAGCUACAUUAUGCAUUAAACAACAGUGUUGGCUACAAACAGCUGUUCCUAGAAUGUCACAUUAAAGAUUUUUUUAAAUCCUUUAUUUUGUACAGUGGAAGUCUGUACAGCAGUAGUUCUCAAACUUUUUCUGGCAUGCGUCCCUUCAAAAGCUCGAGAGAGUUCAGGUCCUCCCACCCCACAAUUUUUAUCAGACAUUAACAAUGAUAGGGGAAGCAAUUCAAUAAAGGAUCCAGGGAUCCACCACCAGUUUGGGAACCACUGCUGUGCAGUCAUGACUGUUCACAAUUGGUGUUUCGGGAGAAAAUGGGAAAAGAAAUGAUGCUCUGAUCAGCAUGUGUACUGUACUGCUGUACAGUUUGUACUACAGCUGGAGAUUCUUUGUAUAACCCACAACCUGAAACCAACAACUGAGUAACUUUUCAUAAUAACUCUGAGAUACAGCCUCCACAGCUCAUGUGCAUAUAGUUACUGAUGUCAGGUCAACUCUAUCAUUGUUACUAGUAAAAGUUUGCCUUAAACACGUUUGUUUUCUAUUGUUUUGUACAGAGAAGAAGCUUUCAUGAUGAGCAUGUUGUCACUGUGUGUGUGUGUGUGUGUGUGUGUGUCCACUCUGGAAAGCUUGUGCAAAAGUUUGUCUUCUGUUGGCCAGACUGCCAAGCUCAGGUAUAUCACCAAUGUACAGAACAAUGUGUUCUUAGACGAAUACAGUCAACCAGAUCAUCUGACAAUCUCCCCUUCACCUACC